GACAGCGGCUCUACCACAGCAAAGCCGUUGAGGGACCGCGAUUCGCACUAGGUUUCGCAGAAUAUUGCCGUUUGCGCCUCCGGUCCCAUAGGGGCCGCUGUGCCCCUCCUCACUUCCUUCCCCAACCGGAAGUGGUCGCGGACGAGCGGCUCCACCACAGCUAGGCCGAGGUGGAACCGCCAUUCGGGCUAGGCCUCGACCAUGGAGCCGCCGUUCCCCCCACCCUUCGAGGGGCCGCCUCCGCCGCACUGCUUCCCGCCCGCCAGGCCGCCCACGCCGGGCCCUUUCCGCGGCAGGCCUCCGCCGUUCUUCUCUUCCCCGGCCUACCCGCCGCCUCCUCUCCCUCCUUUUCCGCCGUGGAGGCCGGAGGAGCGGGCUAGGCCCGAGCCGGAGGAGGUGCCCGGCGGCGGCGGCGAAGACGAGCGGUGGCUGGGCGCCUUUCUGGCCCGCCGCCGCCAGGCCCCGCCGCCGUCCGCCGCUGCCGGGCCGAGCCCGACGGAGGCGCGGCGGGUGGCCACGGAGGCGCUGCGGCGGGUGGCCGAGGUGGCGGCGCUGUGCCGGACCUGGCGGCGGCGGGGCGACGACACCAUACAGGAGGAGGAGGAGGCGGCGGCCGAGCAGCGCCUGGCCGAACUGCGGGCCCGGGUGCGACCCUUGCGCGAGCCCGCCUGCCUGGCCGCCCUUGCCCGCAAGGCCCAGCGGGCCCGCCGGAAGCGGCGGCAGCGGCAACGGCGGAGACAGGAGGCCCGGGAGAUCCGCCUGGAGACGGAGGCCCGGGCGGUCGAACGGGAGGCGCGCAUAGACACCUGGAGGGCCCGCCGCGCCCAGGAGGUGGAGGAGAAGCGCCGGGAACAGGAACUCAAAGCUGCUGCCGACAGCGUGCUGUCUGAAGUAAGGAAGAAGCAAGCGGACACAAAGCGGAUGACAGAAAUCUUGCGUGGCUUGGAAAAAAACUGGAGGAAAUCCUCGGAGAAAGAAGGGCUGGCAAGGACAGGAGUCUGCCCGCCCCCCGAAGCAGAUGAAGCCUUUGAAGAUGAAGUCCAGAGCUUAAGAUUGUUGAUCAAGCAGCGCACUGAAGUGUACGAAGCUGAGGAACGAGCUUUGCGGGUUAUGCUAGAAGGGGAGCAGGAGGAGGAGAGGAAAAGAGAACUGGAGAAGAAAGAAAAGAAAGAAAAGGAGAAACUGCUGCAGCAGAAACGGGAAAUGGACAGCAAGCUCUUUGGGGAUCCAGAGGAGUUUCCCCUUCAUCACUUUUUGGAGCCGUUUAGACAAUACUACCUACAAGCUGAAUAUUCAGUGCCAGCUCUCAUCCAGAUAAGGCAUGGAUGGGAUCGGUUCCUGGUGCCAGCAGACCACCCGGAAGGAAGUUUCAUCCCACCAGGUUGGGUCCUCCCCAGCCCCCCUUCCAGCGACGUUUGGGGCACGGCCGUUGGGUAAUGGUGCCGAAUCCUAACGAAGUUCUGGUGGACGCAGUGAUGUACUUUCCACAGAUCCAUUCAGUGUUAAAACACCUCAUUCUGUUUUCAUUGGAAAACCCAGAGACACAAGGCAGACUGCACUGCCGUAAUACAAGAUGAAAUCCCUGGUCUUGGGAAGAUCUGUUGUUAGUCUUAUUUGUAAGAAGAGUGGCUUGCAUCGUAAAUGAACUGCUUUUGCUGUUCAGUUGGGCUCCAAGAAGCCAAAAAAAGUUUGUCUCAGCAUUUUCCAAAUCACAAAAACGCUGCUGCCUUUUAUUUGAAGAAGAUCCCAACUGCUUAUUGCCAAGUUAGCAGCUAAGUUCUGCUUGGAGAUUAUGAAUGAGUCACCGGUCGGUGUGGCAGCAAAUCCUCAGUUAAGAACCUGUGCUGUUAACUUUUUCCUGCUAGAGUCAAGUACAGUCUUGAGACAAUGGCAGCUAGUGAACUUUUUGGAGAUAGCCUGCUGGAGGGCUUCUAGCUACACCUGUGUUUCUGAUCUUUCAGGGUUUGUUU